UGGAAGUAUGAGUGAGCAUCAGAGAGAAGGACAGAAAUAGAGCGAUAAAGGAUUGAAUUGCAGAGGGAGGCUCAGAGAGAGAGAGCAAUGGUGGUGCACAUGGGUUUAUGGUGUUGUUGCAAGAGCCUUUUCUGUCAUUUUCUGUGGACAUGAACCUCACGUGGAUUUUGUUUUCUCAGACUCCCAGUGGAUUUCCCUGCAAUUCCUCCCUGGAUCUAAACAGCUGUUGAAGACUUGAAGACCAAACCAUGCCUUCUCUUCAUUGUAGCUUCAACAUGGGCCCUUGACUGGGUUCCCUGGCUGGAUUCUUACUACCACGGAUACCCUUCACAUUUUUUUAUUUAACUCUAUCUUAGUCCAAAUGAGAUCAAAAUACCUAUUUUUCAAGGGAGACCUGACGACGAAGGAUGGCGCUAUGUGGCACCUCCACUAAGCACCACCCCUCAGUGCAUGCUCUGCAGUGAAGAUUCCUCCAUGUGCUAUCUAUACUGACGUCCCUAAUCGUGGAUAGCCACUGACAGGCCUGAGCGAUCCGAAAGUCUAGCCGGAGAACAAGCAACAUCUGGGCGUGGGGAGAGAGGAGAGGGACGAGGCUCAGCAAGGAUAUUAGCAGAUGGUGUCACUACAACAACACUUUGUCAGUAUGGAGGAGACUGUGAGGAGCCUGCUACAGAACCAGGACACACUGGAGGGCCCCAGCGUGGAUCCACUGGACCUUAUGAAAGCCUACAAGAACAAACUCCUGGAGGAGAUGUGGAAACAGCAGAACAGUCUGGAGGGCCUAACACCCCCUUUGAUAGAUAGGAGGCCCAACUCUCCAGGAUGCAGCAGUAGGGGACAUGAGGAGGACUCCCACGAGGCCAAGCCCCUUCUAGAGCGACUACGGGCCCUGGAGGUGGAGAACUCUGCCUUGAUGAUGGAGAACGACAACCAGAGGAAGCAGUAUGAACGUUGUCUGGAUGAGGUGGCUAAUCAGGUUGUUCAAGCACUCCUCACUCAAAAGGACCUAAAAGAGGAGUGUGUGAAGCUGAGGACACGCGUGUUUGACUUGGAGCAGCAGAACCGCAUACUGAACGUUCUGUUCCAGCAGCGGGUCAAAAUAUCCAGCAACCCUGUCUCCCAGGAGGUCCAACGGAAUGGGAAGGCAGGUGUUCCUGCAGUGAAGUGGCCCAGCCUCCUGAGUCUGACCUGUCCACGCAGUAGCUGCAGUGGCAGUGAGGCCUCCUUAUCCAGUGCCUGUAGUGAGUACUCCAGUGGCUCACAUACUUGGGCAGAAGGACGUGGCUCCUCCAAGCAGUCUGCAAUAAAUCGAGAGAAGAGGAUGAGUGCAACUUAUUGCUCUGUAUCAGUAGAGCAGCCAGAUCUAAGCUGGAAAGAGGGCCACAUUCUGAAGGGCCUAAAGAGGCUCCAAAUGCGCAGCCCAGCUCCCCAGGAGCCAUCUUCACUUGCCUCCACAUCACAUUUCAAGAACUGCAUGACCUCCAACGAGGGCAUAUACUCUCUAGGGGUCAAGUGUGGUCCAAUAGGGGUACUGCCCGCAUUGGCAAAGGGAAAGCCUUUCAAGCCAGGAGCAGGAGUCAGUACCUUAAUCUCUGACUCAGACGAUGCAGAUGAUGAAUCGCCUCAAUCCCCAGUCAGGGAGUCCUGCUGCCCACCCAUCAAAGACACUCAUCAUCUGGAAGGACAGCCUGCGUCUGAAUUGGAAAUGGCACAAGGGGAAAAGAGCUUUACGGACUACAACUCCCAAGAGGAGCCUGUAAGACUUGUAAGAAGUCCCAGCAACUCCCUAUCACCUAUCAAAGACGUCUUCUUGCUCAAGGGUCCUACACUGAAGCCUGGACUUAGCCCAACGGCGACCCCUACCACUGUGAGUGGACUUGAGAAUACAAAUUGGAUAGAAAAAGACAAGCAGUCUGCCUUUACAAACUGGAAUGUUAUGGACAGUUGCAAUUUGAGGCCAGAGAGUGUUAAACAGCCACAAGAAAAAGUUACAGACAAACAACUAGAGACAGGGGCUAGGGAAGUGAGACAACCCAUUCAUCAUUCAGCAUCCAGAGCUCUGAGUUGGGUUAGUGAGGUGAGACAGCGCAGUGCUUCCAUGGAUACGAAGCAUUACAGAGAGCCGAACAGCCAUGGUGAAAUUGAUACCAAGGACUACACCAUUUUGGAGUCCCGACAGAGGAAAGCAAUGCCUAAGGCCUGCAACUCAGCAAGGAAGGCCUUUUUCCUCCGAAGCAAGAGUGUGGACGGAGGCCCAGACCAGGCCAAGCUGCACCAGCCUCUACAUCAGAAACUGAUAAAGGUCAAUCAAAGGUCCAAGAAUCACUUGAACACUCCUGGGUCCAGUGGCCCUGGCACAAAGACUUACCUCAGCAAGGCACCUGGUCCAGCAAAGGCAUCAGUACAAAUGUUUGAGAAAGGUAAGAAUGCUACUGGUGCAAGAACUUCAGGGCCACUUGAGAAUAGGGUACAGAGCUCCCCUUCUUCUUCACCUCAGAAACUGGUCAAGGUAUUUAAGCCACCUGGGCUGAAUGAUUACCCCAAGAGACCAUCUAAAGUAUCCCAACCAGUCUCCAAACUCACAUCAAGUGGAGCAAAAGCCCCCAACUCCAACAAUUCAGCCUGCUUUCCACUCAAACAGAGACAGCAAGACCAGCACUCCGAUCCACCUCGCAAUGAUAUCAGGUCCCUUUCUCCUCCACCCCCACCAGGUCGGACCACCUCCCUACUAAUACGAACUGAUCAUGACUCAUUACCUCAGGUGCAUAAGCCUGUGGUUCAGCCCCAAACCUCUAGCACCGUGAAGGCAACCACCAAUAGCACCAAAUCUCAGUCAAGUCAUCAUUCAUCUAUUUUACAAAAGCAAGCUCAAGCCCCCAUCAAAAUGCAAGACACUCCUCAUAUGGAUCCCAAAAUGGGCUCUGAGAUGAAAAGGUCUCCGAAACUGGUCCCUACCAAAGUUCACCAUACCUUACCAAUGUCUACCCCUAUUCAAGAAUCCAAGGAAACAGCCUAUUCCCACUCCUCACUGAGCUGGACUGUGGCACAAACCUCUCAUCAGGAAAAUAGUGCCCCCUUUGUGGUGCCAAACCAGGGCUGUUUACCUGUGUCCCAGCAAAGCAAUGUUGAGCCACAAAGUACAGAGCUCUUACCUCAGGCCUCAGCAUCUCUUCUCUGCCAUGGCAUAGUUAGUAACUCUCAACAUUCUAUGACCAGGGUAGUGAAGUCAUCCAUUCUUCUUGGCUCCAAAACCAAUGAGUCAACCUCAAAGCCGGGCAACAACUCCACAGUUAACACUGCUACAAAGGGAGUGCAGACUUUUGAAAACCUCUACCAGGACACCUACACACGUCCAAUGAUGCACUGUGUCAAUGCAGCUGUAGCCAAGGUCAAUGCUAGGAGAAAUCUCAAGACCCGCUGUAGCUCACUAGAGGAGCCUACACUCCCACCUACAGCAGCAGAGAAUGGUGUAACUUUGGACUGGGGAUUUGAUGAAGAGGGCUGGCUAUUCAAGCGCUCAGUCUCAGUCUCUACCCGGCCUCCUAUCCACCCAGUUAUGGGCAUGAACGGAGCAAAGGCUCGCAGUCACAGCUUCGGAGCACGUUACAUGGACAGACCAAACGUCAGCAGGUCAGGAAAAGUCCGUACUCACAUCAAAACUAACUCAGGAAGCUCUUUGAACUCUCUUGGUGAUGUAUUUUGGGGUAGUAUGAGUUGCUCCAACAGCUACCAUUGUCCCAUGAACAGAUCCCACGUUAACAAUUUCAUGAUUGAGGAAGGCUUGCCACUACCUCCACAUCUGAGGGCUUCCAGUGAUCGAUUUGAUCUGAAACACAAGAGGUUAAACUCAUCACAUCUCCAGACUGACAAACAGCUCUCUAGCACCUUCUGUGAACCCAUCCAUGGGGAACCAGAAAGGCAGUCCACCAUCGAGGAGAAGGUCAUGAUGGGAAUCAAGGAGAAUUUGCAGAAAUCUCAAGAGCAGGAGAAGACAACUGAAACUAAGCAGAAAUCCGUCUCAUCCCUGGCAAACUGGUUUGGAUUCCGCAAGAACAAGCUCCCUGCUCCGAGUGGUAAAAAUGUAGAUACUCAAAAGGGAAAGGAGGAGAAGAAGGAGCAUAAGCUUGGAUCUCUAUUGGGUGGGAAGCAGGCAAAGUCCGACAAAAAGGAGAGGAGGAAAAGUGAAGGUCAUCGAAUGGACAGCUCGGUGGGGAAAAGAGACUCCCAAGAUGCAUUUCUCCUCUGCCUCUCGAUGGCCUCCCAGGGAGCCUCAGUUAACAGCAUCAUGCAAGGACAAACUGGCAUCUGUGGGGACACAAAGACAAAAACACAGAGGAUGAACCUUAGGACUGAUAACGACAAUGGAGCUGCAUUAAAGAGCCCCAGUCAAGAUCACGUGAUCGGCUCCGGCUGCAAGAUGCGAACAUUGGACAGUGGCAUUGGAACGUUCACCCUCCUUGAUUCCUCCUCCUUCCUCCACUUCCUUCCCAAGUCCCCAUCGGCCCGGGGUCAGCCCACCCACUGUGCCCAGUUCCUCUAGUGCAGAAGUGUCGCUCUCCCCAAUACCCAGGUGGAGAGUGCCUGCCGGCUCAAAGGACCAUCCCUGCAGCCAACCAGAGCUUGUCAACUCCUCAUUAUCUGACACCACUGUGAGCCUUGUCCAAUCAGUGCCUUAUCCCACUGUGGCCUUCCUUCAGCCCAUCCCAUCCCUGUCUGAGCCCCUUGUGACCUGUGCCAGUGUAUGUGAUACUCAGAGCAGGCUGCCCAGACU